ACAGUAACCGCCCAGUUGUUAUUCAUACUCGACUUUACUCCGUAACACCUACAGUUAAUGCCAAUACCAUGUUGUUGCCUCGACGAUAAUUUCACGACACUUCACUUCGGCCUCACGAUAUGAUCAGUUCCACCGCGCCGCAUUGUUUUGACUACUGACACCACGCAUUGUUCAUGCCACUACCACCGUGUUUCUUCCCUAGAAGGACUCUCUAAACCGUGCCGAGCGCUCUCAUCCUCUGCAGCGAUUCUUAAUACCGUCUCUAUGCAAUCAUGGCUCCUACAGCAGUACACGUCGCUGGUCAGCUGCGCCAGUUAAUCUAUUAUCAUCUCGACAACAAUCUUCUCAAAAACGCCCUCUUCCUGGCUGCUCGACUGGUAGCUUUCGAACCUCGAUCUCCCGAAGCCGCAUACUUGUUGUCAUACUGCCAAUACCAGUCUGGCUUUUCCAAGGCAGCCUGGGACUCAAGCCGAUCUGCAGGAUUGAGAGGUUUACAUCUGGGUUGUAGCUACGUCUUUGCACAAGCCUCUCUCGAGUUGGGCCGUUUUGUGGACGGGCUGACAGCGUUAGAGAAGAGCAAACACUUGUGGCAGAACCGGAACGCUUGGGGUCAACAUAAUGAAUCGCGAAGGCAACAUCUACCCGACGCGGCGGCCGUCUUGUGUCUCAAGGGAAAACUGUGGAAGGCUCAGAAAAACCUCGAUCAAGCGGUCGAGUGUUGGGCCGCAGCGCUGAAGCUGAAUCCUUUUAUGUGGGAUGCAUUUACAGGUCUGGCCGACUCUGGCGCAAAAGUCAGUGCCCCGAACAUUUACAAAAUGUCCGCCGAAGUCAUAAAUGCCACACAUCUCGCACAACAACAAACAGCAAAGAUUGAAACGGCUACCGAAAAGAACUCGUCAUCGAAUCAUGUCAAUCAGGACCGAAGCCAGCUUCCUCCGGACCCAUUCGUCUCCUCCCAAAGACCGAAUGGAAACAACUCUGUUCUUUGGGAGAAACUCAAUGGUAGUAAGAUCAGCGUCAACACUGCCAGUACAAUCUUAGACGAAGAGAGUUUGAACACGCCGUCGGCGGAUACAGAGACAGAUGAUGGCGUGUUACACGGAGGCCCCAUCGGUCAUUUGCACGAACCGCCUGCUGCACCUGUUCGAAAAGUGAAGAGCGCUGCUGAAGCGAUCGUAGAUCCUCCUCCUAGGUGGAAGACAGGAUCUGCGAGAAUGAGAGCCAAAGCGAAGCCCACAGACGAUCCGACUGUAUUACAGGAUCCUCCUCCUCCACCGGCUGCACCAUCUAAGAGAACAAUUUCAGGUCAGCCAGCGCCCACAAAUCAUGCCUCUGCAACCGCCGAAGGCACGAGAAGGAGUAAUCGAUUACUCAACACCACGAGGCCACCUACUGCGAGCAGCACGACAGGAAGCAAGAUAUCUUCAUUAGCAAACACCCUGGGUUUACGCGAAGGCCGAGACAUCAAAAAGGCCAAGGCUCCAGCCGUAAGAGCCCGAACCGCAAAUUCGUCGACCGUUGGCAGAGUAGUGAGCGGCAACCGGACGAGGACAGGGUCAGCAGAUGCAAUGGAGGUGGACAGCAGAGAGCAAAAGUCGACGAAUGUGCCUCCAGUCCCUCCCUUACCCAACGCCAAAGUUCGGGCAGAAUCACUUGUGGCCAAAGAGCUCGAAGCAAUCCAAUCACUACUCGAUUUGUUUGGCAGACUUGCAUCGGCCCAACUGUAUUUGUCCAACUACGAGUCCCAAACAGCCAUUCAAAUAUACAAUUCUCUGCCUUCGGCGCAACGAGAAACGCCCUACGUCCUUGCCCAAAUCGGCAAGGCAUAUUACGAACAAGCACAAUAUGUCGAGGCUGAAAAGUUUUUCAUGCGGCUGAGGCAAAUUGCACCGACCCGCCUGGAAGACAUGGAGAUAUAUUCCACGAUCCUCUGGCAUUUGAAGAAUGAGAUCGAACUCGCCAAUCUCGCCCACGAGCUCGUCGAGUUGGAACGACUGUCCCCGCAGGCAUGGUGUGCCAUUGGCAAUUCGUUUUCUCUCCAGCGCGAACACGAACAGGCGCUGAAAUGCUUCAAACGGUCGACGCAACUUGACCCCAACUUCGCGUAUGGCUUCACCCUCCAGGGCCACGAAUACAUCUCCAACGAGGAAUAUGAAAAAGCGCUCGAAGCGUACCGCGCAGCCAUCGCCGCCGACCCGAGACACUACAACGCCUGGUACGGGCUCGGGAAGGUGUACGAAAAGAUGGGCAAGUGGAACAUUGCCGAACAACAUUAUCGGACCGCGGCCAAGAUCAACCCGACCAACGCGGUGCUGAUAUGUUGCAUCGGUCUCGUCCUCGAGAGACUCAAGCAACCGGAGAAGGCGUUGCAGAUGUACACCCGCGCGUGCACACUCGCGCCGAGCAGUGCGUUGGGUCGGUUCAAGAAGGCGAGAUGCCUGAUGAGUUUGGGACGUCCACGGGACGCUUUGGCGGAGUUGUUGAUCCUGAGGGACGUCGCGCCCGACGAGGCCAACGUUUGGUUCUUGAUGGGAAGGUUGUACAAAACGUUGAGGGAAAAGGCCAACGCCGUCAGAGCCUUCACCAUGGCUCUGAACUUGGACCCCAAGGCCGCUCAAUUCAUCAAAGAUGCCAUGGAGAGUUUGGACGACGAAGACGAAGACGGCUACGACGAGGAUGAAGAUAUGGAUUAGUACCUACAGAGUCAACAAACUGGAGAGAGUCCAAAGACGUGUCUUCCUUUUUUUUCUUUAUAUCGCAUCGCAUCGGACGUUGGCACCGAGAGGCAUGACUUGUUCAAAUAGUAGCGCUGCAUUGGGGAGCGGCAUCGACAUGGGUUGUUGCGAAUCGAGAGAGACCCAAAAAAGAAGAACAAAGCAUUCAUCCAGCGUGUGUACACCAGUAGUAGAGAUUAUAUUUUACGAUCACCUACCACCAACACGGAGUACCUUCUCUAGGCGGCGAGACUCGUUCCCGGUUACAUUCGUACACCGGAGAGGGCUCGACGAGAGGAUUCUAGAUGCAAC